UCCCGUCUUCUCCAGCAAGCCCCUCUCUCUCUCUCUCUCUCGGCGGUUGCGCUCCGUGGCAUGGUCGGCCGGAUGGAGCGGCACACCGUGUCCACGUCCUCGGCGUCAUGCUCCCCCUCCGCCGCCUCCUCUUCGUCCUCCUCGGCAUGCGGCGGCAGGAAGCGGCCCGACAUACUCAACAUGAUCCGGAGUGCAACGUGUCUUCAUUCAUCAUCUACUGAUACUGGCAAGGGGCGGAGUAAGCUGUCGAGCAACAAAGUGACACAUGGAUUCCACUUGGUUGAAGGGAAAUCUGGCCAUGAUAUGGAGGAUUACCAUGUAGCAGAGUACAAGUGUGAAAAGAACCAUGAGCUUGGCCUCUUUGCCAUUUUCGAUGGCCAUUUGGGUGAUCGUGUGCCGAGUUACUUGAGAGCUAACCUUUUCUGCAACAUACUGAAAGAGCCUCUCUUCUGGAGUAACCCUCAUGAAGCAAUAAAAAAUGCAUAUGACUCUACAAACAAAUAUAUUCUAGAGAAUGCCAAACAACUUGGACCAGGCGGUUCAACAGCAGUUACUGCUAUUGUAGUUGAUGGCAAAGAUAUGUGGAUAGCAAAUGUAGGUGACUCUAGGGCUGUUUUGUGUGAACGAGGUGCUGCUAAUCAGAUCACCGUGGACCAUGAACCCCACACAACUAAUGAAAGGCAGAGGAUUGAACAGCAGGGUGGCUUUGUGACGACAUUUCCUGGUGAUGUCCCUCGGGUAAAUGGUCAACUCGCUGUCGCAAGAGCCUUCGGUGACCAUAGCCUCAAGACGCACUUGAGUUCUGAACCUGAUGUUAGGCAUGUACCUAUAAACUCAAGUAUAGAGUUUGUCAUACUUGCCAGCGAUGGAUUAUGGAAGGUGAUGAAGAACCAGGAAGCCGUAGAUCUCGUGAAGUCAACAAAGGACCCCCAGGCAGCAGCGAAGAGGCUGACGACCGAAGCGCUCGCGAGGAAGAGCAAGGAUGACAUCUCCUGCAUCGUCAUCCGUUUCCGCUGCUGAAUCAAUUCCAUUCUCCAAGACGCACCGCAUGCAUAGAUCUCCGAUCAUUUCAAUUUCUCGAUCAAUGAUGUUUUAAGUCGAGGAUUCCGCGUCUGUGAUAUGUUUCUCGCAGUUCCGACUGAGUUUCUGUAGUGCCUGUUGUUGUUUGUACUUAUUGUAGGCUUCAUCGAACAAGCUUGAAGAGAUUAAUUAGAACUUUGCAAGGGAAGAUUGUAGAGAUGGGGCUUGGGGCUAGUAGUUAGUGGAUAGUAGUAUGUGCAGGGUGGUUCAUUCAUCUGUGCAUAAAUACACCAGCAUAAGAUCCCCGCCAAUCUGUGGAACAUCUUGUCGUGUAUUUGACCGGUUGUGAUUGGUAAAUUGGUAAUGGACAAGUGAUCAUAA